UCGUGCCGACAUUAUCCUGCCAACUAUCCUGCUUGACUUGACAAUGUAUGUGCCUAAAGUUCUUACUGGAGACUCUUUCAGGAUAUAUUUAUAUUGCACGAUCAACUGAUGUCCUGUAAACUCAGGGGGACAUUGGCUGGAGAAAGCCACCAUGGCUUGCUUACAUGGACCACGACUACUGAAUUUGGAGAAAACCCCUCCUCAUCUUCAGUUCAAUGACUUGAUCCUGACGGGCUACCGGCCAAUUUCAACCUUUCAGGGGUGCAUCAGAAGCUUGUUCUACUUGCACAAUGAAUUUGGUAACAUUUAUACCCAUGGAAUCCCAUUCUUCUGUUUCCUUGUGCUGCUGCCACUUAACAUCCCCUGGUCCGAGGUGGAGCAAACAUGGAUGUGUGUGUUUCACUACCUUGCCUGCCUGUCCCCCACCGUGGGCUCAGUGCUUUACCACACCUUCAUGAACCAUGAGGGCGGGGAGCCCAUCUACGACACACUCCUUUCCCUUGACAUGGUCGGAGUCUGCCUGGUCAACACCUUGGGAUGCCUGCCCAUCAUCUAUAUCACCCUGAUGUGCUACCCUGUCACUUGCAUCCUGGCCCUCCUGACCUACAGCCUAAUCUCAGCCUGGGGCAUCCUCUGUGCCACCACAGCGCGUAGCAACUAUGGGCGCCUUCGUGCUUUCAUCUGGCAGGCACUCUUCCGUGUGCUCCUCUUCCUAUUCCGUUGGCUGGGCGACGGUGUAGGCAACCCAGCUUCGCUGCGCCUCUUCUUCACCAUGGACAUGCUGGCAAUCAUGGGUGGCCUGGUGAACCUUAGCCGGGUGCCCGAGCGUUUUAGCCCAGGCCUCUUCGACUACUGGUGCAACAGCCACCAGAUAAUGCAUGUGCUGGUGAUCUGCUCCAUUAUCUACAUGCACUGGGGGAUGCUGGAGGAUUUAGCCUGGAUUAAGACGUUCCAGUGUCCGGUGUUGGAGUGAGGGACAGAGAACAAAUAGGGCUGGGGCGUAGGAUUUGAGGGGUGGGGAGGAGUGACCAUAAAAAUAGAAUGUCCAGAAUGGACAGCCCCAUUCAAGUCUAUGUUCGGUGAUGGGUGGACUGGCAGCCAUAUUGAAUGUACUUACCGAUAAGUACACAUGAACAUUUCUGUGGUCUGAGGGGCUUUGAACCUUCUCGUAAAUUAUAUUUCAAUGGGUGACGAGAGAGUGAAAUUAAUGUUUUAACAUGCACUUCAGGACAAGCUGCUGAAAUUACUGUAUAAGGAUUACGAUUGAUUCACUGUCCAUUUUGAAAUAUUCACCCCCAUACAGCAGAAGAAUGUAGGGAUAAGAAUCGAUUGGUGCUAUUAAUGGUGGACGUCAGGGAAUUGUUGUUUUGCUUUUGAACCCAAAUUUCAGUGUUAUUACUUUGCAAUGAGAUGGACACACAUCUACACGAUUCUGUAUCAGUUAAAAUGCAGUAGGCCUUUGCCUCCAGUGACCAACAUAAAUGUUUUCAAUGAAAAG